AAUAUCUGCAUCGGAAUACUCGACUCAAUUUUCAUAAGCAGUAUAUGCUUUACGAAUCGAGGAUAUCCUACUCCGGCUUCUCCAUUAACAAUGUAGACAUGGUUUUGAAUUUAAAUAUUAGCUAGGAAUGGUGGAUGCAUUUGGAAUAACUUGAAUUCCAACGGUUAAGGGAUAAUUUAAGCGCCACUAUAAACUCAUCGCAUUAUAACCUCAUAGUUCAUAAUGACUGAGAGGUGGUAGAUGAAAUUUUACUUAAAAUGGAAGACAUUUCUGCUGUCAGUGAAGAUGGACAUCUAAGUGAUGGAGAUAAUCUACUGAAAGAUGUUUGCAAAAAGACUAAGGCCAAUGUCAGAUCAGUUUCAUUCUUUCGUCUUCUAUCAUAUGCGGAUUCAAUAGAUGUUGUUCUAAUGGUCCUGGGGACCAUAGGAGGCUUAGGCCAUGGCUUGGCUCAUCCAGGGGGUUAUCUUUUCCUAGGAAUGGCUCUUCAGGCCUUUGGUACCCACCAAAAUGACACUGAUGCUAUGGUCAAGGCUCUGUACAAGGUUCUUCCUUAUGUUUGGUAUCUGGCUGUCGGUAUGCUGCCUGCUGGUUUCUUAGAAGUAGCUUGUUGGAUUUACACUAGUGAGAGGCAAUCCUCCAGAUUGAGAUUGCAUUAUAUGAAAGCCAUCCUCAAUCAAGAAAUAAGUUAUUUUGACACAGAUGUAAAUGUUGGCAAGAUCAUCUCCAAUAUUACAGAUCACAUAGAUUUGAUACAGGAUGCUAUUGGUGAAAAGGUAGGACAUUUCAUAUUCAGUGUCUCUACUUUUAUAAUCGGAGUUACAAUUGCCUUCGCCAUGUGUUGGCAAGUUGCUCUGGUAACCGUAGUAGUGGUGCCUCUUAUAUCAAUUAUUGGUGCUACUUACAGCAAAGCUAUGGUUUCCAACUUUCAAAAAACACAGACCUAUUCCUCUGAGGCCACAAGCAUCAUCCAAGAGACUGUAUCUCAAGUCAGAACAGUAUUUGCUUUCGUGGGAGAGAAAAUAGCUUAUGAAUCAUUCACCAAGGUGUUAGAGAAACAGAUGAAACUGAGCAAAAGUGGGGCUCUAGUUAAGGGCCUCGGAAUAGGUGUGCUAAAUGCCACAACAAACCUCUCUUGGGCUCUCAUGAUUUGGAUUGGAGCACUUGUGGUGACUAACGGUUAUUCGAAUGGAGGCAGAGUCAUCACUGCUGUCAUGUGCAUACUCUUUGGAGGAUUAUCCCUUACAUUCGCUGCUCCAGAUCUGCAAGCCUUCAGCCAGGGGAAGGCAGCAGGUUAUGAAGUUUUUGAAAUUAUGGGAAGGAAAUCCAAGAUAAGUUAUGAACAAGGGAAAAAGACACUGGAAAAGAUAGAAGGAUGCAUAGAUAUUCAUGAUGUGCACUUUUCAUAUCCUUCUAGGCCAGAAAAGCUCAUACUACACGGUUUCUCUUUGUCCGUACCAGCAGGGAAGACUGUGGCCUUGGUGGGUAAUAGUGGGUGUGGUAAAAGUACAGUGAUUUCACUCCUUCAAAGAUUUUAUGAUCCAUUCAAAGGUAAAGUACUGAUAGAUGGGAUCGAUAUCAAGGAGUUGGACUUGAGAUUUCUGAGAAGAAAUGUGGGUCUGGUUGCACAAGAACCUUGUCUGUUUGCAACUAGUAUUGGAGAUAAUAUCAGAGUAGGCAAAUGGGAUGCAAGCAUCGACAUGAUCGAACAGGCAGCAACUCAGGCAAAUGCUCAUUCUUUCAUCUCUGGACUACCGGACAAAUAUGAAACCCAAGUUGGAGACAGAGGAAUGCAAUUGUCAGGUGGGCAGAAGCAAAGAAUAGCUAUAGCAAGAGCUAUACUGAAAAAUCCUUGCAUUCUUUUGUUGGACGAAGCAACAAGUGCUCUUGAUUCUCAAUCUGAAAGGAAUGUUCAAGAAGCCCUGGACAACAUCAUGUCCAACAGAACAACAUUGGUGAUUGCUCACCGCCUCUCCACAAUUGUCAAUGCAGAUCUCAUUGCAGUCAUUGAACGGGGCAAAGUCACAGAGCUUGGAACCCACAUCCAACUACUGAAAAAUAGCAAAUUGUAUUCAGACAUGAUAAGCAUGCAAAGUCUCACCUCUGGAAAAGCAGCAGCUAAUGAGGAAGACAGGUCUGAAAAUGGUACCCAAACUAAGCUUAAAAAUGAAAGUGAUCGUCUUCUUAACUCUCCCAUAUAUCCCGGUAUGGAUAACUUUGAGAGUCCUGCAAAUUCUACAGUCACUUUUCUUCCUGACAAGGGUAAAGGGCCAGAAAAUUUAGAGCAGUUAUCAAUCCUGAGAAUUUUAUUUCAGAUGAACGCAUUGGAAAUAGGAAAGAUCGUUACAGGCAGUGUUGCAGCAGCCACAACUGGAAUAUCCAAGCCUCUCUUUGGCUACUUCAUCAUGACUAUUGGGGUUGCCUAUUAUAGUCCAAAUGCAAAGGACAAAGUGGAAAGAUAUUCAGAAUUUUUUGUUGGAAUUGCAGCGUUGGUGUUUGUUGCUCAUACAAUACAACAUUUUUUCUUUGGAGAGGUUGGAGAGAGAGUCAUGAAAACCCUGCGUGAGACUUCGUUCUCUGCAAUUCUAGGGAACGAAAUUUCCUGGUUUGAUAAGGCAGAAAACAGUUCAAGUUUGGUUAGUGGACGCAUCAUGAAUGAUACAUCAUUAGUGAAGUCAAUCAUUGCCGAUCGUAUGUCUGUGAUAGUGCAGUGCAUAUCGUCUAUUUUGAUUGCCACCGUAGUUAGUAUGAUCGUGAAUUGGAGAAUGGCUUUGGUGGCAUGGGCUGUAAUGCCUUGUCAUCUCAUAGGAGGACUCAUUCAGGCUUGGUCAUCAAAAGGAUUUGCAACUGAUUCAGCCAAAGCACAUGCAGAGAUAAGCCGGUUGGGAAGCGAAGCAGUAUCAAACAUUAGAACAGUAGCCUCUUUUGUUUAUGAGGAUCAAAUAAUUGAAUCUGUCAAAAAUUGUUUAAGCACCCCUUUGAAGAAAAGCAGACUAGAAAGCCUGAAAUAUGGAACCAUACAAGGUAUAGCAGUGUGCUUGUGGAACGUUGCCCAUGCAGUUGCACUUUUGUACACUACAAUUCUGGUGGAUAAACAUCAGGCCAGCUUUAAAAAUAGUGUAAGAUCAUACCAACUUUUCUCAUUAACAGUACCCUCCAUAACUGAGCUGUGGACAACUAUUCCUGCAGUUUUCAGGGCCAUAAAAGUCCUCACUCCAGUAAUGAAUAUAUUGAGAACAAAUCCCCAAACAGAUGGUGGCAUGCAAUUUGAAUUCAUAGAAGGGCAUAUUGAGUUCAAAGAUGUGAGUUUCUAUUACCCAUCUAGAUCAGAAGUUCCUGUUCUCAGAAACUUCAGUAUUUCUGUAAACGCAGGCACCACGUUGGCCUUGGUUGGUGCAAGUGGAGCAGGCAAGUCAUCUGUCAUAACCCUGAUAGAAAGAUUCUAUGACCCUCAACAUGGUGAAAUUCUCAUAGAUGGAAGAGACAUAAAACUCUACAACUUAAAAUGGCUCCGAAAAUAUAUUGGAUUAGUACAACAGGAGCCCUUACUAUUCUCCACAUCAAUAAAAGAAAACAUUCUAUACGGAAAUGAAGGUGCUUCAGAAUCUGAGAUCAUGGCAGCUGCAGAAGUAGCAAAUGUUCAUACAUUUGUGAGCAGUCUUCCAAAGGGAUACAAUACACUGGUAGGAGAAAAGGGUUCUCAGCUAUCUGGCGGACAGAAACAGAGGAUUGCCAUAGCCAGGAUAAUUCUUAAAAGGCCUUCUAUUUUGUUACUUGAUGAAGCUACAAGUGCUCUGGAUGUUGAAUCCGAAGUUCUGAUUGUGGAGGCAUUAGACAGACUUUACAAUUCAUACAAGUGCACCAGAGUUGUUGUUGCUCAUAGGCUAUCCACAGUUGUCAAUUCAGAUGUCAUUGCAGUAAUGGAGAAAGGGCAAAUUAUGGAGAUGGGUAGUCAUUCAAAUCUAAUGAUGUCUGAGGGAGGACUCUACACCCAGAUGUUAACAUUGCAGAAGAUAAAUACCAAUACAGUUGAGGAAUAAUAUUGUAAUAUUCAUAUUGAUUAAUUAGUAAUUUAACCUUGGCAAUUAGUACCGAGGUUUAUUUAUAACAAAAUUGUGUUGAACACGUUUUACAGUGACAUUGGCAGGCUUAAAGGAGGCACAGAGAAAAAUGGAGAAAUUGCUGCUGUAUAUAUUGAAAUUAAAACAAACAUGUUACAGAGCUUCACCUCUUUACUGUACUGGCACUUCACAAAAAACAUGAAUAGUUUGUUUCCUUUUAUAAAACUUCUUCCAUUAGUUGUUCAGAAAAAAAGCUUCAGCUCUAUUGUUCUUCAA